UAUGAAUGCCCGUUAUUUAUGAUAUGUCAAGUUUGAUAUAGUGAUAAGUGUGUGGUCGUGAUGUGGUCACCAUGUGGGUGGCGGGACUGCUGUUACUGAUAAGCGAGGUUUUCGCUCAAAAUGGUAGCUACGUAGCUCAAAACGAUGUGUGGUCAGUUAAUUAUCCAUCGCGGAGGUCGAACGUACGGCGGCAGCGUACAUUCCCACCCUCAACGCCGUUCCCCUGUCAGGAUUCCAUUUCUUGGGGCAGAAGCAAACAGGUCCCCACGUCAGUGCAUAGGCUAAGGCCGGGGGACAUCGAUGUUGUCGCUGCGAUAGGUGACUCUCUGGUAGCAGGAAGUGGGGCGCUUGAAGAGUUCGCUCUUGGAGCAAUUGUUGAGUAUCGAGGAGUGUCGUGGUGUGCUGGAGGUGAUAGUACAUGGCGAGAGUUCCUCACAUUACCAAAUAUUCUUAAGGAAUACAAUCCUAAUUUGCGAGGUUACUCAACGGGCACAGGAGAAUGGCUAUCCAAGAACUCGAGACUGAACGUGGCCUUCCCCGUAGCUUCUGAUCAGGAUGCGUACAAACAGGCUAAGAUCCUGGUAGCACGUAUCCGCUCAUCACCCGACAUAGACGUUGAACGUGACUGGAAGAUGAUCACGGUGUUCAUCGGCGCCAAUGACCUUUGCUCCGCCUCCUGCCUGUCGCCCGUCUCGUGGUCACCUGCUGCCCACGCGAGGAAACUUGCAAAGGCGCUCGAUUACUUCCACAUGCACCUACCAAGAACUAUUGUCAACCUUAUACCAGUUCUGGAUGUGUCAGUCUCAGUGAGGGUACUGCGUCCACUGAUGUGUCGCCUGAUGCACCCGUUGUUCUGCACUUGCUUUCACCGCGGCGGUGGAGAAUUGCUCGAUCUUGUUCGACAGGCGCGUCUUUAUCAAGCGGCGGAAAUGGCUUUGGUGAAUUCAGGUCGAUACGACACUCGAGAGGAUUUCACGGUGGUGUUGCAGCCGUUUAUGCAGCUGUUUAACGCGCCGAUGCCGCCCACGCAGCCGCUACCGCUCGUAAUCCAUCAGUCUUAUAUCACACACGACUGUUUUCACUUUUCGCAAAAGGGACACGCGCUCGCGGCGAACCUGCUGUGGAACAACCUGCUGGAGCCGGUGGGCAACAAGUCGUCCGCGGCGCCGCCCGUGCUGCUGCGCGCGUUCCGCUGCCCCGCGCGCGCCGCGCCGUUCCUCUUCACGCGCACCAACUCCGAGGAGUUCCUGCGCACGGGCCGCCAGGACCUCGCUUUCGAGACGUGAC